AUGUCUGUUGAGGUUGCUGCUCCCAGUUGCAAUAACGACGAGAACGGAGAAUCUCAUAACAAGCAACAAUAUGUGAUCCCCUCAUUCCUGGACGUUCUGCUUCAGUCCGAGUUUCGGAUCCUGCAUCAGCCCCCGCCACUGCAAGCGAACGAAACACAAGAUGACCGUGACUUUGUGGAUCAUCUGCUAGAUACUUGUUGGGAUGCCACAGUGUCGCGUUCUCUCUUGAACAGUCAUGAGGAAGAUGAAGGGAAAGAAUUCACCUACGGAGAAAUUACCCCUACUGGUGUUCGACAAUUGCUAGAAGAUUUGGAGUUGUUGACCAUCUUUGAGGAUGACAGCAACAGUACCGAUAAAGAAGAAGUAGUCUUUUAUGACCUGGGAUCGGGAGAAGGAAAGCUAGUUGCACAAGUCUUUUUAGAAACACUCUCCACUUGUCAUGAUAACGAUAAAACAAAACCAAAAGACCGCGCGAUUCUGAAGAGAAUUGUGGGCAUUGAACUGAGCCCGGCAAGGCAUGCUAUGGCGGUUCACUCCUGGAAUGCGCUGCAGCAAGCACUUUUGCCAUCUCAAGCUGAAAAGAAAAACAGUCAUCAUCAAGACUAUCCUUCUGAGGCUGAUUCCGAUCCUGAGGGUAUUCCAGCUAGUCCAGCGGUUCUAGUAGACUUGCAAGAGGCCAAAGCAUCCCUCCGAGCAAAGUUUGCCACCGCCAACCGCAACACUGUAGAACUGGUCCAUGGGGAUUUGUCUCAAUUGGAUUUCUCAGAUGCUACCCAUAUCUACGCCUCUAGCAUCUUCUUUCCGCCGCCAGUGUUGGAGGCAAUGAGCCAAACGAUAAUGGACUAUUCUACUGCUCAUGGCAAACUGAAAAUGGUAGCUGCCCUGUCGGAUUUGGAACUGCUGGAAACUGAGGAUUCUGGUUGGGAGAAACGUGUGCAACGAUUGCAGAUGAGUUGGGGAGGAGCAAAUGUUAGAUUAUAUUCCCCUAAGGAUUACUAA